AUGGCAAGCAAUAAAAGAAAAAUACAAAUUUUGGAAAAUAGAGUAAUUCGCCCUGCAAUUAUUGACAGUGAUAGUGACAGCAGUGAAGAAAUAUUUUCCACUAAGAAAACUAAAAAAGGAUUUGGAAACAAAUGUGCACGGAAAACAAAGCACAAGCGUAGCCCCAGUGGAAGAAAAUUUCAUAUUCUUAAACCAGUCUCGUUUUCACAUGUAACUAAAACAGAAUGUAAAAAUAAACCUACACCACAGACAUCAAAAGGAUUGUCUUCGCCUAGCUCAUCGUCAUUUGAACGAUUUAGUAUGUAUAGCUCAAGAGGAUGCAGUCCUUCGCUAAACAAUAUAUCAGCUUCUAAGUUUGAAGAAAAUGAAAGACAGAAACAAACACUUAAUGACGAAGCAGAGAGAGAGAAAGAAACAGAAAAUGUUGAUGUAGAAGAUGUAGAAGAGAGAGAGGAAGAAACAGGAAAUGCUGAAGAGGAAGAUGAAGAUGCAGAGAGAGAGGAAGAAACGGAAAAUACUGAGGAGGAAGAUGAAGAGCAGGAAAGUGGUGACACAGGCGAUGAUGAGAGUGAUGAAUAUUCUGCAAGUGAAGUUGUAUCGGAUAUAGAUAAUGAUGUUUCAGAGGAAGAGGAAGAUGCACAGGAUAAUAGUGUCAAUGAAUGGGAUGCUGUCACAGAUUUGACACCUGAGUUGGAUGCGUGUACUUUAAAUGAAAGCACUUUUAAUAUUCCUAUAGAAGAUAUAUCUCCUGCAGGUAUUUUUUCCUUAUUUGUAACUGAUGAAAUAAUAGAUAAAAUGGUUACAGAAACUAAUAAAUAUGCGUUAAAACACAUCGCAGAAAAGCAAAAUAAUAACGAAAUAAAAACAAAAUCUCGGUUAUUAUCAUGGAAAGCUACGAAUAAUAUAGAAAUGCGGAAGUUUCUAGGGGUACUACUCGCAAUGGGUCUGAACAAAGUGUCUCAUAUAAAUGACUAUUGGUCAAAAAAAUCAAUAUAUCGAAACGAAUAUAUUGUAUCUGUAAUGACUCGGGAUAGAUUUCUGCUAUUACUGAAAUUCUGGCAUUUUUGUGAUGAUUCGUCAGCCAUCCACAAUACAAAUAAGUUGAAGAAAAUUCAUGAUUUGGCUAAUAUGCUCAACAGCAGAUUCCAAGAAGUAUUAACGCCAGGCAUAUGUAGAUUAUUGUUGAAGGCGAUUCCUACAUUUCCGUGUUUCAACAUCGUCAGACGUUCUACAUCUGCAACAGAAAAUCAAGUAAAACCUAAGGACAAUGACCAUGUUCUUGAAAUGAGCGCUAAACGAAGAAAUUGUGCAGGGUGCUACGACAGACUGCGGAAAAUCUUUAAUAGUACCGAAGCAAAAAAAAAAGUAAAGAAAAUAAAGAAAUAUUGCAGGAAAUGCAACCAAAACCUUUGCGUAACAUGUUUCCAAGAUAGGCAUAAGUAA